AUGUCUUCCAAGGCGAACAAAAGAUCCAAACUCGCCGAACUUCGCGCCCUGAGGCAGGCGGGCAAGAAGACAUUCGACACAUACGAAGUAGAGCAAGAGGGCUCCCUUUACGAGGAGGUGGACGAGGACAGCUACAAGAAGAUUGUCCGGGAACGUCUCAACCAGGACGAUUUCGUCGUCGACGACAAUGGCGAAGGAUAUGCAGACGACGGCCGUGAGGACUGGGAUCGUGUGCCUGUAUACUACGAGUCAGACAGCGAAGAUGGCGGCGCACCAGCACAAAAAAAGACCAGCAAAGCAGCAAAACGCGCCCGUGACGAAGAGCAGGCAAAACGGGAUGCCAAUGACCGCGACAUCUCAGAGUACUUCUCCAAGGGAGCAAGCAAGACCCAGCCCAAACAAAAGGCCAUCAAAACCGAAGAUGACGAUAGGUUUCUUGCAGACCUUCUCGGUGAAGUCGACUCAAAUGUCAGGGUCCCGGCAUACCGUGCCCCCAAGAAAACGGACAAGACUGUUGAGCGCCGGAAAGCCCGCGCUCUGUCUCCAGGCCCCGACACAAGAUUACCCCUCCACAAGAAAGUCAAGAUAGUGGACGACCGCCCAGCACCACAGUCGCCACAUGCAGAAGAAGAGGAUAACUUUAUGCCUAUGGACGACGAGCCACUUCAAUUACCAGCUGGAGAUGUUCCUAUGAGCGAUCCCGCCCCAUCGUCUCCCGCGGCCAAGGUCGCAGAGCGAAAGGCUCAAGCCGAUAAGAGAGCCCCUGAAGAUGCAGAUGAGGACGAAGAUAUGAUGGAGGUCUCGCAUGCUGGCGCCAUCAAGGCAUCAAGCGUCAACCUAGCAGCCUCACGGCCGAUCAAGAAGAGUAUCAAGCCUGAGCCGAUCCCAGCACCGAUUAGGUCAUCGCCCGUCAAAGCUGAAGUCUCGGACGACGUCGACGCCUCUUCGUGGAAUUCAAUAACACAGGGGCUCAACGUCGUCAGUUCCCAGACAGAGACACGAACCGUCGGCAAGAUGGACUAUAAGAAUGCCGUGGAAGCUGACGGUAGCCUAAGAUUCUUCUGGACCGAUUAUACCGAGGUCAACGGCAGCCUGUGCCUAUUCGGCAAGGUGUUGGACAAGAAGGCAAAGGCAUAUGUCAGCUGCUUUAUCAAAGUCGACAACAUCCUGAGGAAACUUUACUUUCUCCCACGCGAGAACAGGCAGCGGGAUGGGGAGGAGUGUCCAGAUGAGCCCGUGCAAAUGAUGGACGUCUAUUCCGAGGUUGAUGAUAUCAUGACCAAGAUGAAGGUCGACAUGCACAAGAUCAAGGCGUGUACCCGCAAGUAUGCCUUUGAGCUGCCAGACGUGCCCAAGGAAGGGAAAUAUCUCAAGCUGCUUUACCCUUACACAAAGCCGCAGCUAGACCCCGACAGGUCGGGAGAAACCUUCUCACGCGUCUUUGGCACCAACACGGGACUUUUUGAGCAGUUUGUCCUUCUCAAGAAUAUCAUGGGCCCUUGCUGGCUCAAAAUCGGCGACGCCGACUUUGGAGCCAUCCGAAACGCCUCGCAUUGCCGUCUCGAAGUCUUGGUUGAGCAUCCCAACCAAAUCUCUGUGAUGAGCGAGACCGCCGACUUGCCUGAUACACCGCCCCUUACCAUCAUGAGCCUGGCACUCCGGACAACAUUCAAUGCGAAGGACAACAAACAGGAGAUCCUGGCCAUUAGUGCUCGAGUCUACGAAAAUGUGUCUCUAGACGAAACAACACCCGCAGAGAAACUGCCUUGUCGGACAUUUACUCUAAUCAGGCCGAACGGUGCGGCUUUCCCCAUUGGAUUUGAGGCACUGGCCAAGGACAAACGAAGAAUCAAGGGCCUGGUCAAAACAUUGAAACAAGAGUCCGAGAUGCUUUCUUUUUUCCUGGCACAGGUGGACGUAGCCGAUCCGGACGUUAUCGUUGGCCACCAGCUCGAAGGUGUAGACUACAGCGUUUUGCUGAAUAGACUACACGAGAGGAAGAUUCACCAGUGGUCGCGGCUUGGUCGACUGCGUCGUUCAGAGUGGCCUUCAUCAAUGGGGAAAAUGGGUGGUAAUGUCUUCGCUGAACGUCAAAUAAUGUCGGGCCGUCUGCUCUGCGAUCUCGCCAACGAUGCCGGAAAGUCUGUCAUGACCAAGUGUCAAUCUUGGAGUCUGACCGAGAUGUGCAACUUGUACCUCGGAGGUGGCGGAGCAAACACCACUCCGCGAAGGCGUGACGUUGACAAUGAGGCCGCUCUCAAAACUUGGGCUGGCACCAAGGACGGACUCAUGGACUACCUGACCCAUAUUGAGGCGGACACCUAUUUCAUUGCGGCCCUGGCACUGCGAACCCAAGUCUUGCCACUCACAAAGGUCCUCACCAACCUGGCAGGUAACUCAUGGGCAAGGACGCUCACUGGUACCCGUGCCGAGCGUAACGAGUACAUUUUGCUGCACGAGUUCCAUCGCAACAAGUACAUAUGCCCUGACAAGAGAGCCUUCAAGGGCAGGCAACGGGCUGGCGAGGAAGACGAGGAGGGACAAGCAGGUGAGGCAGGAAAGAAGAAGGACAAGUACAAGGGUGGAUUGGUCUUUGAGCCCGAGAAGGGUCUGUACGACAAGUUUGUGCUUGUCAUGGACUUUAACUCGCUGUAUCCCUCCAUUAUCCAGGAGUACAACAUCUGUUUUACGACUGUCGACAGGCAAUCGCGGAUUGACGAUGAGGAAGAUACCGUCCCCGAGGUACCGCCAGCAGAGCUUGACCAAGGAAUCCUCCCAAGGCUGAUUGCCACCCUUGUCAGCCGGCGUAGGCAAGUCAAGAGUCUCAUGAAGGACAAGUCAGCUACUCCUGAACAGCUUGCCACGUGGGACAUCAAGCAACUGGCUUUGAAGCUUACGGCCAACUCCAUGUAUGGAUGUUUGGGCUACACCAAGUCACGCUUCUAUGCGAGACCAUUGGCCAUUCUCACGACCUACAAGGGCCGUGAGAUUUUGAGGAGUACCAAGGAACUGGCAGAGAGCAACUCGCUCCAGGUCAUCUACGGUGAUACAGACUCGGUCAUGAUCAAUGCCAACGUCGACAACGUUGCCGCAGCUUUCCGUGUCGGCCAGGACUUCAAGCGGGCCGUCAACGAGCGGUAUCGUCUACUGGAGAUCGACAUCGACAACGUCUUCCGCCGGAUUCUGCUGCAGGCCAAGAAGAAGUACGCAGCCAUCAACAUGGUUGAGGUGGAUGGCAAGUUUGUAGAAAAGAUGGAGGUCAAGGGUCUGGACAUGCGUCGACGUGAGUACUGCGCACUCUCCAAAGAGAUCUCGGCCCGCAUUCUCGAUGAGAUUCUGUCUGGCGAUGAAACAGAAACAUCGGUCGCCCGCAUUCAUGAGUACCUUCGUGAUAUUGCCGCCAAGAUGCGUGCCCAAGAGAUUCCUCCCCAGAAGUACAUCAUCCUCACCCAGCUGGGAAAGGCCCCCAAGGAGUAUCCCAACGGCGACUCGAUGCCACAGGUCCAGGUUGCGCUACGGGAACUUGCUCGGGGCAAGACGAUCCGCAAAGGAGACGUCAUAUCCUACAUCAUCACAACUGGUUCAGAGCCAGCGGCCACCCGUGCCUACACCCCACCAGACGUGCUCAAACCGGACUCGGGCCUGUCACCCGAUGUCGACUGGUACAUGGCGAAACAGAUCUUCCCGCCCGUAGAGCGUCUCUGUGCCAACAUUAUCGGUACAUCAACAGCCCAGCUCGCGGAAAACCUUGGGCUUGAUGCCCGUCGGUACGCCUCGGUCAGCGGACAGAACAAGGGCUUCGUGAAUGGCGACGCCGACGCUGGGCUGGAGAUCCACCCUCUCGAGUCUCAAAUGCCUGACGACAUCCGCUUCCGGAACUGCUCUCGUCUAGAGUUGCGUUGCCGUACCUGCAAAGCCACGUCGGUCUUUGAGGGCCUUCAAGCUGCCGUGGGUGAAGAGAAGCAGAGCUGUGUCACGCCGUCUGGCGUCGCGUGCGGCUCGUGCGGCGCAACCAUUCCCCCGAUCUCGGUCGUCGCACAAGUGGAGCGUGCAGUCCGCCUGACAACGGCUCGCUACUACGAAGGCUGGCUGGUGUGCGAUGACACGUCUUGCGGCGCGCGCACGACGCAGAUGAGCGUCUACGGCUCGCGCUGCCUGGGGCCCAAGGGCCUGGCGCUAGACUGCAUGGGACGCAUGCGUUACGAGUUUGGCGAGCGAGACCUCUACAACCAGCUUGUGUACUUCGCGAGCCUCUUCGACGUCGAGCGGGCCCGCGCCCGGGGUGUCAAAGAUGAGGCGGCCAGGGAGCGACUGCUGGCUCUCGCCGAGCACAACCGUGUUCGUUUCGGCACCGUCAAGGCCACCGUCGAUCGUUAUCUUGACAAGUGCGGAAGGCAGUGGGUUGCCAUGGACAAUCUGUUUACAAAGUUGGGCUUUGCAGCGGCAGCGUGAGGCCGUCCGUGGGGCUUGUCAGCACUGGGAUUCAGUUCAGAGUCUGGAUAUUUCUCGUAUAAUUCGUGAUUUCUAAUCUUUGGUUUUUGUUUUUUUGUUUUCCUUUUAUUGACGUGAACAAACGAAUGUGCACAUCAGCGGCACUGGGCGCUGACGACAACGGUUAUGGAUAGACGGAUACCUCAUACGCAUAAUAUAU